AUGGCUUUUCUGAAAAUUGAAUUAAAACAAAUUCAAAGCAAUCAAUUGAUUAUUUUGGAUCGUUUAGAGUCUUUACAGUUGCAAUUGGAAGAUCAACCUCGGUCCUCUGCAAACAAAAAUUUUGCAAUCAAUCAGUUAAAUGAAUGUCCAUUACCAAUAGACAACAUUACCGACUUACAAAUUUUUGAAGAUAAAAUUGCUGGUGAUAACGAAUUUAGAACAUGUGUGGUUAAGGAACUUACAUAUAUAGGUGGGAAACAUGUCAAGGCAAUGGUGCGCAGAAUUAUGUCCAAACUAUGUACAGAUGAGUUGCUACAACACUAUUCUUACAACGGAAAAAAGGGAAAAAUUCCAUUUUGUUCUUUGAGCAUUUGUAGUAUUAUAUUUGAUGCUAUAAAAAAACAAGGAAAAUUUAAAAAUGUAAGCCAAGAUGAAAUAGAAGAAACCAUAAAAUACGUUUUGGUUCAACCUCCAUUUACUAUCAAAAGACACCUGCUACAAAAGACUGCAGUCACAAAAUAA